AUGCAAAUUGAUUCACGGUCAGUCCAGGGGGAGCGGUGCUGGGCGUGCAGGCCCAAGCCUGCCUCCCCGGGGCGCAGCCUCCGCACCACCAUACCCCUUCUUGCCCUGGCCCUGGGGGCUGAGGGUCAGCGCUUCCUGAGGACGCUGCAAGCUCUGCUCUCCCCGCGUAAAUUGACAGACAGACAUGAAUGGAUAACAACAGAAAAAUGCCUGCCUGAAGCUGGGACCACACUGAACGAACAAGAUGACUGUGGUGCAUUGGAAUGUGUGAAAGCUGCUAGUGAACUCUAUUCUCCUCCAUCAGGAGAAGUAACUGAAAUGAAUGAAGCUCUUGAGGAAAAUCCAGCACUUGUCAACAAAUUUUGCUAUCAAGAUAUCCCACUUUCCAAAAUGAAGGACCUAAUACUGAUCUUUUGCCUCCUGGAAAUGAGUUCCGCAGUGCCGAUGUUUCCUCAGCAACCUGGAACACCAGGCAUGGCUAGUUUGAGCCUGGAGACAAUGAGACAGUUGGGAAGUUUGCAGGGAUUAAAUAUGCUUUCUCAGUAUUCAAGAUUUGGUUUUGGAAAGUCAUUUAAUUCUUUGUGGAUGCAUGGUCUCCUGCCACCACAUUCUUCUUUCCCAUGGAUGAGACCAAGGGAGCAUGAAACUCAACAGUAUGAAUAUUCUUUGCCUGUACAUCCCCCACCUCUCCCAUCGCAGCCAUCCCUGCAGCCUCAACAGCCAGGACAGAAACCUUUCCUCCAGCCUACUAUUGUAACCGCCAUCCAGGACGCAGCCCAGAAGGGAGGACCUCAGCCUCCAGUUUACCAGGGACAACCGCCCUUGCAGCAAGCAGAGGGGCCAAUGCUUGAACAGCAGGUGGCACCAUCAGAGAAGCCACCAAAGGCCGAGCUACCAGGAAUGGAUUUUGCUGAUCCACAAGGACCAUCAGUGUUCCAAAUAGCUCGUUUGAUAUCUCGGGGACCAAUGCCACAAAAUAAACCUUCUCCACUUUAUCCAGGAAUAUUUUACAUGUCCUAUGGAGCAAAUCAAUUGAAUGCUCCUGCCAGACUUGGCAUCAUGAGCUCAGAAGAAAUGGCGGGAGGCAGAGGAGGCCCCAUGGCCUAUGGAGCCAUGUUCCCAGGAUUUGGAGGCAUGAGGCCUAACCUUGGCGGGAUACCCCACAAUCCAGCCAUGGGUGGGGAUUUUACUCUGGAAUUUGACACCCCAGUCGCCGGAACCAAAGGCCCUGAGAAGGGCGAAGGAGGUGCACAAGGCUCCCCCAGGCCGGAUGUCAACCCGGCCGAUCCGGAAAACCCAGCUCUCCUUCCAGAGGUAGCACCUGGUGCCCUGGGAGGGCUUCUUGCUCACCCAAAGGGCAACGACCCCAGCCUGGCAAGAGGUCCUGCAGGGCAGAGUGCAGGACCCCCCAGGGUCACCCCAGCAGAAGCUGACCCACUGAUGACCCCUGGAUUAGCAGAUAUUUAUGAGACCUAUGGCGCCGACGUGACCACACCCCUGGAAGAAACGCCCACAGAUACCACAGCCAUCCCAGACACUCAGCAAACAUCCAUGCCAGAAAACAAGGCCCAGCAGCCCCAGAUCAUGCAUGAUGUGUGGCAUUUCCAAGAGCCCUGAGAGCUUUGAGAUUAUCAGCUACUUUCUGUAUGCACAAGCUCCCCAGCUUUGUCCCUAUAGUAUAUCUCUUUACUGAAACACUUACUACCCUGCCGCAGCAAAGGCGUUAAAAAUGCUGAGCAUAUAUUAAUAAAUACAAGUGGCUAGAAAUAG